UCCUUCCUCUUAAAUUCUGAGAAAUUUACAGAAAAAGGAAGGCAAGAAAUAUGGCAAUUCAUUGGCCAUCCAUGUCUUCUUCAUAGUUAAUGAAAAAAGUUUUCUUUAUUAUUAUUAUUAUUAUUUUUUUUUUUGGAGAAGAAAAUUGGAUUUAUUUGUUGGUCUAAGCGAAAGGAGUGUGAUUUUGAGGAAAAAAAGCUGAGAUUUUUAUAGCUGAACAUUUGCCUUGUGAUGGGAUUGUGAUUUCUGGGUUGGAAAGUAGCCAUGGGCAACUGCGUGCAGCUUGUUAGAAGAGCUGAAACCCCUCAUCACAGCUCUGAUCCUUCAAAAGCGUCAAGCAAAAAAGCCGUAUCUUCAGCUCAUUCUAGCCAGACAACAUAUUCUAACCCGUCAACACUGACGGUACCUUCAUAUACGUCAACAUUGACUGUGCCUUCGUAUAUUGAAAGUAGUUCUUAUACUGAAAGAAGUAAUACAGAGAACCCCCCUUCCAGAACAGAGGAGGAAAUUUUAGCAUCAUCCAGUCUAAAGGAUUUUCCAUUUAAUGAACUGAGAAUUGCCACAAGAAACUUCCGUCCUGAAAGUCUCAUCGGCGAAGGAGGAUUUGGUAAUGUGUAUAAGGGUUGGAUUGAUGAACAAACCUUUACUGCAGCAAAGCCAGGAAGUGGCAUGAUAGUUGCAGUAAAGAAGCUAAAACCCGAGAGUUUUCAGGGUCAUAAGGAAUGGCUGGCAGAGGUUAACUAUCUUGGUCAACUCCGUCAUCCGAAUUUGGUUAAGCUAAUCGGUUAUUGUUCGGAUGGUGAAAAUAGACUUCUUGUUUAUGAGUAUUUACUGAAAGGCAGUUUGGAGAAUCAUCUGUUUCGAAGAAGCACUCAACCACUCAACUGGGCAUUAAGGAUCAAGGUAGCUGUCGGGGCUGCUAGGGGACUCACAUUUUUACAUGAAUCUGAAUUUCAAAUCAUAUAUAGAGAUGUAAAGUCUUCAAACAUUCUUCUCGACUCGGAAUACAAUGUGAAGCUUUCAGACUUCGGCUUGGCAAAGGAAGGACCCACAGGAGGUAAAACUCAUAUCUCCACACAAAUCAUGGGCACUCAAGGAUAUGCAGCUCCAGAGUACAUUGCAACAGGUCGGCUUUCUGUAAAGGCUGAUGUCUAUAGCUAUGGUGUUGUACUAUUGGAGCUGUUAUCUGGCCGCCGAGCUGUUGAUAAUUCGCGGGGAGGGAUAGAGCAGAACCUGGUGGAAUGGGCAAGGCCAUUGUUAGCAGACAAGCGCAAGCAAAACCUAAUAAUGGAUUCCAGGUUAGAGGGUAGAUACCCGAAGAAAGAUGCCCAUGCGGUCGCAACUCUUGCAUCACAGUGCAUCUCAACUCAAGCAAAGUCUAGGCCGAAGAUGUCUGAGGUUUUGGCAACACUAGAGGCGUUACAAACAUAGCAUGAAAAUUCAAACAACUGCAGGCCAUAUUCAUUGAGACUCAACUAGUAACAACACAUUGAGUAUCAUGCGUUAAGAGGUUUUUUUAAUGAUUUUCUCAUUGAAUUUUGAUUUGCUUUCUUGUAGUUUUGCAUUUCUAUAGCACCUACUUUUGUGUAAAAGGAGCAGUAGUGCCUUACAAUAUGUUGUAACUUACAUUAUGCAUUGAUUCAAAACUAUCAUGAUGGUUUUCAAUGAAUUAGUGAUGUUGUGGUGUGCCUCA